AUGGGGCGGCAUGGCAGAAAGAAGCGCAAGGGAGGGGGUGAAUGGGGGAAAGGCGCGGGGGAGGCGGUGGGCGGACGGGGUGGCGGAAGAGGCGAGUGGGGAAGGGGAGGGGGGGGUGAAGCAGGGGAGGGGGCGGGGGUUGGGGGAGGGGCGGAACGGGAGAGCGGCCUGGGGGGAGGUGCGCGGGGUAGGAGCGGGGUAGAUGGGGGAAGAGAGGGGGGGUGGGGUAGAGAAGAAGGAUGGGGAAGAGGGGAGGGCAUGGAGGGAAGGGGGAGAGGCGGCAGGUGGGAGCAUGGUGGCAGGGGCUGGGGGGGAGGCGGAAGGAGAGGCGGAGGUCGAGGAAAGGGAGGAGGCGGAGGUAGGAGCGGCAGUUUUGCUGGUGCUGCUGCUGCUGCUGCUGCUGCUGGUGGUACCACUAGUGGCGGUGGGGAGGACAAGGCAGAAAUCACCUGCCUUCCACUCGGAGCGGGGCAGGACGUGGGGAAGAGCUGUGUGGUGGUGCGGGUGGGAGGUAGAGUGGUCAUGUUCGACUGCGGUAUGCACAUGGGCUAUCAGGACGCGCGCCGCUUCCCCGCCUUCCCCCGCCUGCGCGCCUUCAGCCACGGGCAGCACCCUCAGGGGCAGAGGCAGGAAGGGGAGCACGUGGACUACACGGGCAUCAUUGACUGCGUCAUCGUCACCCACUUCCAUUUGGACCACUGUGGAGCGCUGCCCUAUUUCACGCAAGUCUGCGGCUACCAGGGCCCCGUCUACAUGACUUACCCCACCAAGGCGCUGGCCCCUCUGAUGCUGGAGGACUAUCGGCGCGUGGCGGUGGAGCGCAGGGGCGAGGGCGAGGAGGGGCUGUUCUCCAGUGCGGAUAUCACUGCGGCCGUGGGCCGAGCGAUCCCGGUGGACAUCCACCAGAGCAUUCAAGUGAACGAGCACAUCACCAUCACCCCCUACUAUGCCGGCCAUGUGCUGGGAGCAGCAAUGUUCCACGUGCAAGCGAGCAAUGGGGCGUCAGUGCUUUACACUGGUGAUUUCAACAUGGCACCUGACAGGCACCUGGGAGCAGCCAGGGUGGAUCCGCGCCUUCGACCCGACCUCAUGAUCUCCGAAUCUACCUACGCCACGACCAUCCGCGAGUCCCGGCGCAGUCGAGAAGCAGACUUCCUGUCGCGCGUGCACACAUGCGUGGCAGCAGGGGGCAAGGUGCUCAUCCCGGUGUUUGCUAUGGGGCGAGCGCAGGAGCUGUGUGUGCUGCUGGACGAGUACUGGCACCGCAUGGGGCUGGAUGUACCCAUCUACCUUAGUGCUGGCCUCACCUCCCAGGCCACGGUGUUCUACAAGACUUUGCUGACGUGGACCAAUCAGCACAUCCAAUCAGCACAUGCCAACCGCAACAUCUUUGACUUUCGACAUGUGCGGCCAUUCGACCGGGCCCUACUGGACGCCCCGGCGCCCAUGGUGUUGUUUGCCACGCCCGGCAUGCUCUCAGGGGGGCUCUCCCUGCAGGCCUUCAAGGCCUGGGCGCCCCACCCCUGCAACCUGCUCGUGCUGCCCGGGUUCUGCAUGGCGGGCACGGUGGGCGGCAAGAUCAUGGCCAUGGCCUCCGCCAAUGCCGCCGCUGCUGGUGGUGGUGGGGGGGGUGAGGGUGGUGGGGAUGGUGGAAGAGAAGGGGGAGGGGGAGGCGGAGGGAGGGUAGCCGUCGACCAGAGCACGCAAGUGGUGGUCAACUGUCAGGUGCAUGUGCUCUCAUUCUCCCCACACACUGAUGCGAAGGGCAUCACCGACCUUAUCCGCCACCUGGCGCCGCGCCACGUCAUCCUGGUGCAUGGCGAGCGUGCGAAGAUGGCGCAGCUACGGGACAAAAUUGCCGACCAGAUGGGUAUCCCCUGCUUCACACCGGCCAAUCACGAGACAGUUAGGGUGCCUGCGACGGUCACUCAAAAUGUUACUGCUCCACCUGCAAUGGUGGUUGCUGAUGGCUUGACAGGGAAUGGCACAAUGGGGUGUGGAGGGGAGGAAGAGUUAGAGGAAGGAGAUAAGAUCGCUGCGAAUCUAGCCGGAUCUUCCUGGUUCGGCGCGCAGCGGUGGUAUUCGUCGGAUCGCGGCGGCGAUGGCGGCCGCGAGGAGAAUGACGUGGUGAUCAUCGGCGGAGGGCCCGGCGGUUACGCGGCGGCGAUCCGCGCGGCGCAAGUGGGGCUGAAGGUGACGUGCGUUGACAAACGCGGGCGGCUCGGAGGCACGUGCUUCAACGUCGGAUGCAUCCCCUCUAAGUCCUUGCUGGAGUCAUCGCGCAAGUUUUACGAAGCGAAGCACUCUCUAGCGCAGCACGGCGUGCGGGUGGACGGCGUGUCAGUAGAUCUGGCGGCGAUGAUGGCGCUCAAGACGGACGCCAUAGAAUCCCUCACGUCGGGCGUCGAGCGCAUGUUCGAGCAGCACCGCGUUAACUACGUCAAGGGCGCGGGCCGCAUCACAGGCACGCACGAGGUCACCGUGAGCCUCCUAGACGCGGGCGGGCAGGUCGGGCAGGCGAAAAAAGUCCUCUCGGCGAAGAAUAUCAUCAUCGCGACGGGAUCAGACAUUCGGCAGGUGCCCGGGGUCCCGAUCGACGAGAAAAAAAUCGUUUCGUCGACCGGCGCUAUGUGCCUUGAGAAGGUUCCGGAGAAGAUGCUGGUGGUGGGCGGCGGGGUGAUCGGACUCGAAAUGGGGUCCGUAUGGAGUCGCCUGGGCGCGGACGUGACUAUACUGGAAUUCGCGGAUGGCAUUGGCGGGUACAUGGACAACGAGAUUCGGCAGGCGUAUCACCGCAUUCUCGAAUCCCAGGGGUUGAAAUUCCUCCUGGGGACGAAGGUGGUGCGCGGGGACGCGUCAGGAGAAGGCGUGGUGCUGCAGGUAGCGCCAGCGAAAGGGGAGGGCGAGACGCGGGAGGUUCACGCUGACGUGGUGAUGGUGGCGGCAGGGCGCGUGCCUUGCACGAACGGGCUAGGGUUAGACGAGGUGGGCGUGAAACGAGACAUGAACGGGCGGAUAUUCGUGGAUAGUCAUUUCAGGAGCACGCGGCCUACUGUGUAUGCCAUAGGGGAUGUGAUUCCAGGACCCAUGCUUGCGCAUAAGGCAGAGGAGGAUGCGAUCGCGUGUAUGGAAAACAUCAUGAACGGGCACGGGCAGGUGAAUUAUGCGACGGUGCCCGGGAUUAUUUACACGCACCCGGAAGUGGCGAUGCUGGGUAUGACCGAGGAGGAGCUGCAGGCGACGGGGAUGGAGUAUACUGUGGGUAAAUUCCCCUUUAAAGCGAACAGCCGGGCGCGGGCGAUGGGGGAGGUGGAGGGGUUUGUGAAAAUUCUGGCGGAUAAGGAGACGGAUUUGGUGCUGGGGGCGCAUAUACUGGGGCCGAGCGCGGGAGAACUGAUCAUGGAGUGUGUUCUGGCCAUGGAGCAUGGGGCGACCACGCUGGAUCUAGCUCGCACAUGCCAUGCUCACCCCACGCUCACAGAGGCUGUCAAAGAGGCCGCUUUGGCUGCCCAUGGCAAACCCAUUCACUCGGAUGAAAAGGGGUUGGAGGUGGGUGCAGCGGGGAGGGUGGGUUGGGGAGACAGGAAGAGUGGUGUGGGUGGAGUGAGAGUGGGGAGAAGCGGAUUGGAGGUGACGCGUGCAUGCAUUGGAGCAGGGGUGGAUAACCUCCCUGACAGAUGCUUGACAUGGGUGAUGUUGCAGCACCCAUUGGCCAGAUCGUAG